AUUUUUAUUUUUUUCUUUUACUGUUGAUGGUAAUUUUGUUUUUACUUUUAAUUUACCUUGAGCCAUUUUCUAUAAUAUUAUAAUAAUAAUAAUAAUAAUAAUAAUAAUAAUAUAUUAUAUUAAUUUUAUAUUAAUAAUUAAUUAUAUAUUUAUGUGCACAUUUCAUUUUACUCUUAUAAAAAACUAAUCUCUUAACUUAUUUCUUAACUAACCUAAUCUUCAUUUUAUAAAAAAAGAAAUACUUUCGCAUUUAUAUAAAAAAAAAUGAAUAAAAAUCUAUUAUAUAUCUUUUAUUUAUUAGAAAUAUUUUACUUUAUUUUCGAUUUAUCAAACGUAAAUAUUUAUGUAACGAGAAAAAAGAUUUUUAAAUCAAUUAUAAUAUCAUAAAUUGAUAUGAUACAUUAUAAUAAAAUAAACAUUUUUUAUUAUGAUACAAUUAUUAAUAAACCAAAUAUUUUAAUAAAUUAGUAAUAUUUUCAUUAUAAAUUCAAAAUUUAUAUAUCUAAUAUAAAAUUAAUUAAAUUCAUAUAUUGUCUUUAAUAAUUUAUAUAUAGCAUUCAUAAUACAUUUUUUUUUACUGCUUGUUAUCAGGUCGUUCGAUUUUUUGUUACGAAAUAUUACGAAAUCACAUUUAAUUUUCAAUUAUUAUUUAUUCAACAUAAAAGAAUAGAACGAACAAAAUGGCUUUAUCUAAACCUAGAAAUUUAAUUCUUCAACUUACCAGUGCUUAUUUUGAGCGACUUUACACUAGCCCAGUGAAAACUAAAGCAAUUACUAGUUGUAUCAUUGCUACUAUCGGAAAUUUCUUGUCACAAAAAAUUUCUGGUGUAAAACACCUUAAUGAAGAUAGUUUACUUGCAUUUGCUCUUUUUGGGUUAAUCUUUGGAGGUCCACUUCCUCAUUAUUUUUACACAUAUAUACAAUUAUUUGUAAAAAAUCCUUUUAUACUUUUAUUAGUAGAAAGAUGCUUAUAUACACCCUGUUACCAAGCAUUAGCAUUAUACAUGUUAUCUCUAUUUGAGGGUAAUACACACAAAGAUGCAUGUAAACAAAUGAAAAGCUUAUAUUGGCCAGUAAUUACUGCAAAUUUAAAAUAUUUAACAUUACUUCAAUUCAUUAAUUUAAAAUAUGUUCCACCAAUAUUACGUGUUCUUGUGGUAAAUCUUAUUGGUUUCUUUUGGGCUAUAUAUCUUGCACAGCAACGGAGUAAACAAUCAAAAAUAACUGGAAUAAAAAAAUAAUGAUAUAAAUUUGAUGCUAAUAUGUUAUUAUUAAAUAUAAAGAAAUGAUUAGUUAAUUGGGGUCCAUAUUUGGUAAGGAUAAUAAUAUAUUAUAAGUGUAAAUAAUUUCAUUCCUAUUAAAAUUUUUAAUGUAUUAUUGCUAUUACUAUAUAUCACAUAUAAUUUAAAAACUGAAAUAUAUAUUGAAUUAGAUAUCUUCUAAAUGUAUAAAGAUAUUUACAAAUAAAUUUUAUAUGUUUUGUGAAACAAAAA